AUGUCUGAUGAAGACGAAGGUCCUUUAGUUGUUGUAGCCAUCGACUUUGGGACAACGUACUCUGGGUAUGCGUUUUCCCUCCUAAAUCAAUUCCAGAAUGACCCCACAAAAAUAUAUGCUUUUACCAACUGGAUUCCUGCCUCAGGAGGACUUAUUUCUUCCAAAACCCCGAGUUCACUCUUACUGAAGCCAAAUAAAGAAUUCUACAAGUUUGGGUAUGAAGCAGAGGACACGUAUGCAGACCUAGCUGUGGAUGAUGAGCAUCACGAAUACUAUUUCUUCAGACGAUUCAAAAUGCUUCUUCACAGAAAUCCGCAUCUUUCUAGGGAUACUAAAAUAGCUGACGCAAGCGGAAAGGAGUUGCCAGCAAAAGUUGUAUUUGGGCACGGUAUUUCAUACCUUAAGAGCCAUGCGUUAAAUAUAAUGAAGCAGCAAGGUUUCGAGAUAGAAGAUUCAGAAAUUCGUUGGGUUUUAACUGUACCUGCAAUAUGGUCAGAGCCAGCAAAACAAUUCAUGAGAGAAGCAGCACAAAAGGCAGAUAUUACUAAUGACCAAUUGAUUAUUGCACUUGAACCUGAAGCAGCCUCUGUCUUUUGUCGCCAUAUUCCAGAUGCAACUGGGGCUGAUGUGUUUGACUCGGGUUCGAAGUACAUGGUGAUCGAUCUCGGAGGAGGAACAGCUGAUAUUACCGUCCAUCAGGUGGACAAUGAUGGCACACUAAGGGAAUUACACCGUGCAACAGGCGGGGCUUGGGGUGGAACAAAGGUAGAUGCAGCUUAUGAACAGUUCUUGAUCGACAUUGUGGAAGAAGAGGUUUGGGCAGAAUUCCGUUCAAAGCAUGGCGGGGAUUAUUUGGAUAUUUUCAGAGAGUUUGAACUAAAGAAACGAACUGUUACAUGCAAGGAAGACAUGCCACAACGCGUUGUAAUCAAAGUUCCUAUUUCUUUACGCGAAUUGUAUGAGAAGAUGAAAUCCAGAUCUUUCAAGGAAGCUGUUGAAAAUCACGAAAUGUAUUACAAGAGAAUAAGUUCUAUCUCCGACAAAAUUAAAAUCGACUCGGAAUUGGUGAAAGGCUUUUUCAGAGAUCCUCUGGAUAAACUCAUUGAGCAUCUUCAAAAGGUGUUGUUGGUACAGAAUGUUCGGGGUACGAAAACUUUCCUUUUAGUUGGUGGAUUUGCAGAAUCACCAAUUGUGCAAGAAACCUUGAGGCAACAGUUUCCCCACAUUAAGAUAAUAACGCCUGGUGACGCUGGAUUAACGGUCUUAAAAGGAGCUGUCAUAUUCGGCCAUAAGCCGCUCUCCAUCAGAUCUAGGAUUUCUCAUUCUACAUUUGGCAUAGCCAUCAGCAAGCCAUUUAUAGAGGGACACCAUCCACCUGAAAAGAGAAUUGCGACAGCAAAUGGGAUUAUGUGCAAAGACAUUUUUCACAAAUAUGUGGAAUGCGAUGAGUCAGUGGAGCAUGGAUGUGUACACUCAGUUCCAUUUACAAUGGGAAGAGGAUCUUCAGUCAGUCGCGUAAGGGUGUAUUCGUCAUCGGAAACAGAUCCGAUGUUUGUCACCGACGAAGGUUGUAAACCCCUUGGAGAAAUGAUACUUAAUGUCGGUAAUAUCGUGGAAGCGUCAAACAACGUGUCUGUUGGUUUUAUUUUUGGUAAGACAGAACUUACUGUUGAAGCAAGCGAGAGAACGACUGGGCAGACGUUUCGAGCCAGAUUUGAUUUCCUAAAUAACUAACCCGAUAUAUUUAAUCUGUGUCUCCUAAUCUGUGACUGUGUGUACAGUUUAAAGUAUUGAAAAAAAAAAAUAUUUCGUGCAACAUACAUUAUAGUAGGAUACAAAUCAGAAUUAAGCGCGCUAAAUGUUAAUCUAUAUAAAUAUAUAUUGAAAAGCGUAACGCGAAAAUUCAGAACUUGUAUGCAUAUACCGAUGAUAAAAAUGUAUUUUAGCUAAAUGUGACUUUUCUAUGAAGUCAUAAAGACCAAUCCUUAUAUCUUGAAUAUUCUUAAUUUAUUUAAAAUUUAAAUCAUAUACAUUGAUAACGUGAAUUCAAUAGUUCAGUGUUUUUGUUCUGGUCAAGAUAUACAAUAGGACGCAUAAAAUAUAUCCAAAGAAUACAUUC